GAAAACGGCCCAUAUAAAUCCACCAAACGAAUCUUCUCUCUUGGUAUAAAUAUGCUGUCUUGCGUUACAGAGAAACCCUAGACGUCGAAGAUGAAGUUCAACGUUGCGAAUCCAACUACUGGAUGCCAGAAGAAGCUCGAGAUCGACGAUGACCAGAAACUACGUGCGUUUUACGACAAGAGAAUCUCUCAAGAAGUCAGUGGAGAUGCUUUGGGCGAGGAGUUCAAAGGAUACGUUUUCAAGAUCAAGGGUGGUUGCGAUAAGCAAGGUUUCCCAAUGAAGCAGGGAGUUUUGACUCCAGGCCGUGUUCGCCUUUUGCUUCACCGAGGAACUCCUUGCUUCAGAGGACAUGGAAGGAGAACUGGUGAGAGGAGAAGAAAGUCUGUUCGUGGUUGCAUUGUGAGCCCUGAUCUCUCUGUUCUGAACCUUGUCAUUGUGAAGAAGGGUGAGAACGAUCUUCCUGGGCUUACCGAUACUGAGAAGCCAAGAAUGAGAGGACCAAAGAGAGCCUCCAAGAUCCGUAAACUGUUUAACCUCAAGAAGGAAGAUGAUGUCAGGACCUAUGUCAACACUUACCGCCGCAAGUUCACAAACAAGAAGGGCAAGGAAGUUAGCAAAGCCCCUAAGAUCCAGAGGCUUGUGACCCCAUUGACUCUUCAGAGGAAGAGAGCUAGAAUUGCUGACAAGAAGAAGAAAAUUGCUAAGGCUAAUUCUGAUGCUGCUGAUUACCAGAAGCUUCUCGCCUCGAGGUUGAAGGAACAGCGUGACAGGAGGAGUGAGAGUUUGGCAAAGAAGAGGUCGAGACUCUCUUCUGCUGCUGCCAAGCCCUCUGUCACAGCUUAAAAAAGCUUGAGAAUCAAAUCAAAGAUGUCACCUUUCUAGUUUUGUUCUCUUUUCUUCUCCGGCUAUUAAAAAGUUAGUUCGAGUUCAUAUUCAGCUGUUUUUGUUCCAAGACAUGGGUACACAAUCGCUUUGGGCUUGUUUCAUGAUUUAUGCUUUUAGUUGAAGACCAUUUUAAACUCAAUUUUUAUUGCUUAUCUUUCUCAGUUUUUGAUCAAAGCGUUUCUCCAUUGAAAACCAUUUUAAUCACCUGUUUCAAUCAUACAUAAUGUUAAACACAUGUACUGGCGAUUACAAUAGGUAUAUAUUUUGACUGAAAUUUAUGGAGCA